GGACAGCUGAUGCUCUCGGCAAGGGAGUACACAGUCUGCAGCACCACGCUGACUCUCAUUGUUUUGUCUCUACCGGCGAAGUGAUACCUUCUCCUUGAUCUUGAUACUGACCUCCGCUUCGUCUGCCGCUGAAGGUCACUCAUCGUGAUCUCACAAGAUGGCGACUGAGACGACAACAUACAACUUGACAAGCUAUGAGAAGCGAUCCCUCCAUCUCUUUCUACUUGAGACAGACGACAUUUACGUGUUGGAUAUGCAAUUCCCUUCAUACGUCUAUCUCACUUUAGUGAUAGCGUUCCUACUAUUCAUGAUUUUCCUUCAGUUUUGGAAAUUCGACUGGAAUCACGAGCUGUGUGACGUGGGCUAUGAUUUUCUGUGGGAGCGAAAGUCCAUGUGGACCUCGCGGGCCGCCAGACGUCAGAUGGUGCAAGACGUGAGGAAGCUACGUCACAUUGGAGAUCUGCCCCCUGUCUAUCCCAACGGGUGGAUUGCGCUGUUCGAAUCCAACAACAUAAGCAAGGGCCAAGUCAAGCAUAUUGCUGCACUGGGUGAAAGCUUGGCAGUAUUCAGGAGUGAGAAGGGAGAGAUAAUGAUACUGGACGCCUACUGCCCUCACCUGGGGGCAAAUUUGGCGAUUGGUGGGGUGGUGAAGGGGGAUUGUCUGCAGUGUCCCUUCCACGGAUGGACUUUCGAUGGAUCAACGGGGAUGUGCGUCGAUAUUCCCUACUCCGAUAAAGCGCUGAACGUAGCCAAGGUGAAGAAAUGGUUCUCUUGCGAGGCUAACGACUUCAUCUACGUUUGGUACCAUGCUGAGGGCUGUGAUCCACUCUGGCAAGUGGAAGAGGUUCCUCAGAUCAAGAGCGGAGAAUGGUGGUUCCGCGGGCGCAAUGAGUUCAUUGUCAACUCUCAUGUUGAGGACAUAUCGGAGAACGCAGCCGACACAGCGCACCUGAACGCCAUCCAUAGCCAGUCGAUGUUGGCGGGCAGCAAACCGGGUUCCUUCAACGGCCCACAAAUGGCGCUGACAUCGUUCUUCAAGCACAAGUGGCGCGCCGAGUGGACACCCAACGAACUACAACAACAUGUGGGACUCAUCACCAUAGAGCACUGUGUACAGCUGUUUGGAGCCCUGGAGUUGAUGCACAUUCAUGUCGACGGAAAACAGAUUGGACCAACUCAUGUGAAACUGCAACUGAACACCACUUUCGGUCCGAUUCUGGUGUUGAUGGAGGUGACCCCCCUGGAGCCUCUACUGCAGAGAGUAGUUCACAGGUUCUACUGUCCGCCACAUCUCAUGAUUUAUGCCGCUAUCGUCAUGUAUGGUGAGAAUGUCAUGAUCAAGAGAGACAUCGGUGCCUGGAACCACAAGAAAUACAAGAAGCGACCACUAGUCACCAAAGAGGAAACCAUGCUUCAGAACCACAGACGCUGGUACAGACAGUUCUACUCCGAGCACAGUCCUUUAUUCACCUUUAGACGAGACGCCAUUGAUUGGUGAUGAAAUAGUUUAAUCCUAAAUAAUUGUUUUCACUACCCAUAUUUUACUAUUAUUCAUCAAUUUUUGUAAGUAUCUCCAUAGAGAAAAGAUAGCAUAAGAUCUUUUAUCUAUGGUAUCACCACGGAGGAGAGAACACAUUUUAGAAUACCCAAUAUUCUUCUUUCUUCUGUGGUAUCACCUAACUUACUGGUGAAGACACCACAGCUACCUUAUUCCUUCUACGGUUGGAUCUUUCAUGUUCAACUGUUCCUAUUUUAUUAGGGGUCAUAAUUCGAAUUUUAUAUUAGAAUUAAGGAAUUUUCAUAAGUUAUUGACCCAGUGACAGUUGAGUCUUCUAGGUUUAAC